AUGGAGAUCUGGGUUCCACAAGUUCCCACUGCCAAGACUAUCCACAUCGAUCACAUCCGUGACGAGGUGAGAACGUUCCGCUCCAACCAGGGCUGGGUGGACGAUGAGGAUGCAGCUAUCAAGAGCCUCUAUGACAUCAUGGCGAGCUGGCCUGUUCUCAAAAAGCCCCGCACGCAGAGCCAAGAGUCCAUGGCCAACACAGAUGAACCAGCUGAUGUCGGCCAGGAUCUCCCAGGUGAGCCCCCAUGCCUCAGCGAUGACUAUGGUGAGACUGUCUUGGCAGAAUCUUUGGGUGUUGUGCCUGUGGCCCAUCCUGUUGAGCCGAUGCCCGACUCACAAAUCCCCCCGGAUACUUUCAUGGCAAAUGAAGAUGCAGUUGGUUCUGGUGAGGUGGCCCUUGAAAUGGAAUAUGGAGAUUCCCAGGUCCCUGACAAUUUGAAUCAUGGUGACCAUGCACCACUAGCGGAUACCUUGAUUGACUCUCAGCCCAUGUCUAGUGGGGAAUCUUGCAGCCCUGCCAUCACACCUACGGAGAUGGAGGUUACGCCCAAAGCUUCCGAUGUGAUCGAGGUGGUGGCCUCCCCUGAUCGCCCAAUUACUACGACUGUGACAGAUCCAUUGCCUUCUGCCGGUAAGUACUCCCCAGAAGAUCUAGCCGCUUUGCAGGAGAAGAUCAAGAUGGUUAAGAAGCGGCUGGAGCAGCAAAAAGUCCAGUCUUCGGCUCGACCUUUGCAGGCGCGACAGGUGGCCACUGAUGCUCAGGUUGUGGAUGUGGAGGGUGGCAUGGAUAACACAGCCAAAGAUGUUGGGGAGGGGGACCAGAAAACAGGUGAUGAGGAUCUUUUUCAUGCCAACGAAGUCGUCACACGCAAAGACCAGUUUGAUGAGAGGAAUGCAUUGAACGCUGAGGCAAAGAAACGCAGCAAGGAGACUGAAGGAGGUGAAGGUCUUGAUGAUGAAGAAGGUGACGAGGAGCCCAAACCCAAGACACGCAGCAAGGGAGGGAAGACAAAGGCAGAGAAGCAGAAAGCAGCACGAGAAAAGGCCAAGGCCAAGAAAGCUGCCAAAGCCGAGAAGGAAAAGCAAAAGAAGAAAGCAGCAGCAGAAAAGAAAAAGGCUGCAAAAGAAGCAAAGGCCGCAAAGAUCAAGGCUGCCAAAGAAGCCAAGGCCACAAAGGCCAAGGCCAAAGCAGUUGCAAAGAAAGGCAAGAAUGCAGGAUCAAAGCGCAGAAAAAACCAGGAGACCAAAGAUGAAGAAAGCGAACCUCUGCCUGAAAGCCAUGAAGAAGUUCCUGCCCCUGCCGCCCCUGCCAUGCCUGAGCAGGAUCCUGCCCAUGACCGACCUGCUGUGGAGGCCCCUGCUGAUGACCCAGAGGUUGCCAGCAACCAGGCAGUUCAUGGAGGUGAUGGUGAUGAUGAAGUUGGUGGUGAAGCAGGUGGGAGAAAGUCCUUUGCCCGCCGGUAUCGCCCUGAGCGAUCAGACCCUGCAGCCCGCUUUGACGCGAUCAAGGACAAUUUCAAUUUGCACUUGAAGCACUUGCUGAACAAGGUAUUUGUGGUCAUUAUCCUCCUGAUUGGAUACCUCGACGUGGUUGAUAUGACGAAGAAUGAGUACGAUGUGCUGGAACUAUAUGCAGGUCAACAACGUCUUGUGAAACUUGCCAAGGGGCUCAAAAUGAAAACAGCAGCUAUGGACAGGGACUUCGAUACCUUGGGUGACAAUAAAUCCAAGAACAAUGCCAUGGACAUGAACACUUCUGGUGGCUUUGUGUUGUCCUGCGUCAUGGUGCUUCGAGCAAAGUGGGGAGCCUUUUUGGGCCUUCUUGGUGUUGUUUGCAGCACCUUUGUGAGUAUCUCUAGACUAUAUCCUGCCAAAUUUGUUGGAAAGAUCUUGGAGUACAAGAAUAAAUUCUUCGAAACGAUGCCUGAACUUCCAGACCCACAGGUGGACGAAGAGCCCUCCGUGUUGGAGCUCUUACUGUCGAUGCCAACGGGUGACUGUUGGGAUGACGCGGAGCUGUGGACAGUGUAUGAGUAUUGUAGGGGGUCUCGGCACCUACAGCUGCCACCUGCCUACCGGGCUGUGCUUUUUCAACUUGAAGGGUCCAAUCGAGCCAUGUCGGAGAUGCCGGAUCCUGAUCCAGAAGCCAUGCAGGCAGAACUGGAACGACUGGAGGCACUUGAAAGGCAAAUGAGGGAAGCACAAGAAGCUCAAGCAGGACAAGAUGAAGUACCACCUUCGCCACCACCUCCUCGUGCAGCUGCAGAGCUAGGGUCUGGGGGUGCUGGGCCUACUGAGUUUGCAAACCCUGAGGAUGAAACCCAGCCAGGUCAGUUGCAUGGGGUAGAAAGCUUGGAUGAGAGCAGGAAAUCUCACAUGACGGGUGGGCAAUCAGUGGAUGAGCACCCAGCUCCGUCCCCUAUGAAACCUGUUCCACCCCCUGGUCAUCUUGAGACAAUUUUUGGAACACCCUCAUCGCAAGUAGAUGGUCUUGGGUGCUUGAAUGCAAGAGAUGGUGGUUACCCAAACUUCAAACGGCCUGCCGAUGAUGUUGAUGACCCAGAACUUUACGUUGCCAUGUCAGUACCACCGGAGGUUUUGAGUGAAAAGGCAAUUUACAUGCGCAUCAACCGAGUUUUCAAGAGAAGGCAAGAUGGAACUUACAUCCUAGAUGACAAGUGGAACAAAGCUUGGAGUGAUGUUGAUGGGGGCGGCCGUGAUGAGAUCUACAGCAUGUUCGAGAAAGUUGGAUACCAAAGGGACAGAUUCAUCAAACGCUGCAAGGCCAUCACAGAGCGUAUUUCAGAGGAAGCUAGUGAGAUUGAGGGAGAGUGGCUUACGGUGGCUGAUAUGCAGAAGAUGGAAUUCUCAGAGACCAAGAUCAAAGGCGUCAUGCGAUACUGUGAGACCAGGUUAAGCAAGUACGGCGAGGGUAUGAUGUACUGGACUGAAAUUCGCUCCCGAGGGAAAACCAAGCGGCACAUCUCUAGGGAGAUUUCCGAGUGGGAGGAGGAAGUGGGAAAGGACUCUGGCCAUGAUGUUCCAACCGAUGCUCCCGAGCUGGAGUGGGGAUUCAUGGAAGGCAACCAACAAGAGCAAACCCCGGCAGCACCAGGUCUGCUGCUGGACAAGGCCACUGAGGAAGCCGAUACGGCACCUGUCCAGGUGGAAUCUGAGGAUGUGAAACGGGAGAUGGAUAAGCUCCAGUUUCCACAGGUUGAGGGUGACACUGCCCCUUCAGCACUGGUCCCCAAAGCAUGUGGAAGCAUUCAGAAACAAGUUGGUAAGUUAGAAGCCAUGAUGGAGACUUGCAAGUCUGUUGGCCGUCUUACACCCUUGCAAGAGCGGAUGCAGAACAAGAUCAAGCAGGCCAUGGAUGCACUUGUUCAUCAUGAUGAACAACUUAUGGACAUGCACGGGGAAGGUAUCCUUGAAGGUGGCUAUACCAGGGCGACCAGAUUGCCCGCUUCUGAUGGCAAGGACAAGCCUCCAAAGGCUCCCAAGAUCCCCAAAGCGGCGGCCAAGAAGGCUGCUGCAGCAAAGCCUGGCGGACGCAGGCUGACUGCAGUGGAAGUUGCUUUUGUGGCCAAAGGUCAACGGGAGAAUACUCUCCCUGAACGCUUUAUUGACAAUCUUGCCGAUUCACUGGGUGAUGGUGUCAGGGUCUCAACUUUUGUGGCCUCUUUUUUGGAAUCUCCCUUCCCAUUUGUGGCCUGCCAAGGACACAAAGUCUUUUCUGAACAUCAAGGGCGUUUGGACAGAGUGGUGCCCCUGAUUCUACAUGGUGAUGAAGGUAAAAGUCCAGGCCUGCGAAGCUUUACCAAGGCAUUCUUCAACAUGAACUCUGGGGUCUCGAGCCCCCUCACUUCACACUUGGCAGCAUUGGCAGCACAG